AUGUCUUGGUUCAGUUCCAGCAGCAGGGUCGUGGUCAAGACCCGACUACCACCGGGCGCGACCCUGAAGCAGGGUGUAGACAUGCUCCACGACCAGGAUUUCUUCAUCAACUGCGACCCCUGCCUGCAGAAAUACGAGCUCGUGGAUCGAGACUUGGCCAGCCCCGAGCUCCCAGAGGACCGUGUUAAGGGAAUCGGCCCCACGACGUCUUACAAGAUCACGGACGUCGUCGAGAAUAUCCCCAAGGGCGUCUGGGGGAGCCAUGUCGAGUCGCGAUAUGAGUUCACUGACGUGGAACGGGGUCUGUUCUGUCGGAUCCGCAGUCCCCUCAACGUGGUGAUGGAGGCGCUGUGGGAAGUUCGGGACGCGGAGGACGGGGAGGGCCUUGAGUUGGUGGAGGAGGCUGAUAUCAAAUGCUCGAAACUGCUCAUUGGCAUUGUAAAGAGUCAAUCUGAGGCUGGUGCCGGUAAAAUUCAUGCAAAAAUGAUCGAUCGACUGAAGAAGGAGGUCGAGGAGUCUUCUACCACGGAUGGCGGUUCUGCUUGA